GCUCCACCCAGGAUGCCAGGCCCCGCCUUCUCCGAGUUGCCUGCCGCGCAGGCGCAGAAGCUCCUGCGUGUGGAAGCUGCGGCCCGGCGGGCGGGUAGAUAACAGAUGCGGGUAAAAGAUCCAUCCAAAGACUUACCUGAGAAAGGCAAAAGAAAUAAAAGACCCUUGCUACCUCAUGACGAAGAUUCUUCAGAUGACAUUGCUGUAGGUUUAACGUGCCAACACGUCAGUUAUGCUGUCAGUGUAAAUCAUGUGAAGAAGGCUGUAGCUGAGAACCUGUGGUCCGUUUGUUCAGAAUGUUUGAAAGAGAGAAGAUUCUGUGAUGGACAGCCCGUGCUUCCUUCCGAUAUUUGCUUGUGCCUCAAGUGUGGUUUUCAGGGAUGUAGUAAAAAUUCAGAAAGCCAGCAUUCACUGAGACAUUUCCAGAGCCCUGGGACAGAGUCCCAUUGUGUUGUCAUUAGCCUGAGUACCUGGACCAUAUGGUGUUAUGAAUGUAACGAAAAAUUAUUGACACAGUGUAACAAGAAGGUUUUGGCUCAGAUAGUUGACUUUCUCCAGAAACAUGUUUCUAAAACACAAACAGGUGCAUUUUCUAGAAUCAUAAAACUUUGUGAAGAAAAACGUGAAACAGGUGAAAUAAAGAAGGGAAGACAAGGCAGCUGUGUGCCAUCUGUGAAAGGAAUUACAAAUUUAGGAAAUACUUGCUUUUUUAAUGCAGUCAUUCAGAACUUGGCGCAGACUCAUGUUCUCUUUGAGCUGAUGAACGAGAUAAAAGAGGAUGGCACCAAGCUCAAGAUUUCUCUUUCGUCAGCUCCGCAGUUGGAUCCGUUAGUGGUGGAACUUUCAAGCCCUGGACCAUUGACUUCAGCCUUGUUCCUGUUUCUUCACAGCAUGAAGGAGGCUGAAAAAGGACCACUUUCUCCUAAAGUUCUUUUCAACCAGCUUUGCCAGAAGGCUCCUCGGUUUAAAGGGUUCCAGCAACAGGACAGUCAAGAGCUUUUGCACCAUUUGUUGGAUGCAGUGAGGACAGAGGAGACAAAGAGGAUACAAGCUAGCAUUUUAAAAGCAUUUAACAACCCAACUACGAAGACUGCUGACGAUGAAACUAGAAAAAAAGUCAAAGCCUAUGGAAAAGAAGGUGUGAAGAUGAACUUCAUAGAUCGGAUCUUUAUUGGUGAAUUAACUAGCACAGUCAUGUGUGAAGAAUGUGCAAAUAUCUCCACCAUGAAGGAUCCCUUCAUUGAUAUUUCACUUCCUAUUAUAGAAGAAAGGGUUUCAAAACCUGUACUUCCGGGAAAAAUGAAUAAAUCCAGAGGUUUACAGGAGACAGACCGAGAUCAUGAUAACAACACUGCUACUGUAGAAAGUGCCCAUCAACCCAGAGCUGCCAAGAAGCAUCCGUCACCUAAAGAUAAGAAUCAAUUAAGUCAAGACAGAAAACAAGUAAGAAAACUGCCAUCCGGAGAAGAGAGUGUUCUGCGUCGGAAGAAUGAAAACUGUGAAGGGAGCCCGUUUGCCACCGUCAUGAGCACUGAGUCGUCGCUGAACGAAAGCGCCACCGACGGCAGCGAGAAAGAAGCCAGCCUUUCUGAAAGCAGUGCCGAUGCUGACAGCGAGCCUUCUGAAUCCGAGAGCGCUUCCAAGCAAACUGUGCUGUUCCCAGCCAGUGGCGACUCCUGUGGGCGCACAGAUCCGCACCUACACCUCUCACUGGCAAGUGAAUUGCCAUACAACACCGAGACUCGUGGUGGCGAUGAGGAGAUGGCUGAAGCUCUUGCCGAACUUCGUUUGGGCAGCACUGUCAUCGGAAAUAGAGAUUUUGACAGGGAAAAACAGCCACUGAAUAUCCCCAACAAUUUGUGUUUUUCAGAGGGAAAGCACAUGAAGUGUCAUAGCGCCCAAAAUGCUUUUCAGACUCUUUCUCAGAGCUAUGUGACUACUUCUAAAGAAUGCUCAGUGCAGUCCUGUCUCUAUCAGUUCACGUCCAUGGAGUUACUCAUGGGCAACAACAAGCUUCUCUGUGAGGACUGUACGGAGAAGAAACAGAAGUGCCAAAGAGAAAGCAGCUCUGCAGAAAAGAAAGCAGGAGGAGUUUAUACUAAUGCCAGGAAGCAACUACUUAUAUCUGCUGUUCCAGCUAUCCUAAUUCUUCAUCUUAAAAGAUUCCACCAGGCUGGCUUGAGUCUUCGUAAAGUGAACAGGCAUGUAGACUUUCCGCUUACCCUUGAUUUAGCACCAUUCUGUGCCGCUGCCUGUAAGAAUAUAAAUGUGGGAGAGAAAGUUCUCUACGGUCUCUAUGGUAUCGUGGAGCACAGCGGCUCAAUGAGAGGUGGCCAUUACACGGCAUAUGUGAAAGUGAGAGUGCCCUCCAGGAAGUUGUCUGAAUAUAUUACCGGAAGGAAAACUGUACCAGGUUUGAAAGAACCUGACAGUGACUUGGGAAGCCACUGGGUCCACGUCAGCGACACUUACGUGCAGGUGGUUCCAGAGUCAAGAGCACUGAGCGCACAAGCUUAUCUUCUUUUCUAUGAAAGAAUCUUGUAAUUACCCAUUAACUGUUAGUUAGCUCAUCUGUAUUCUAAUGCUGCGGUGGUAAGCAUAACAUAUAAUGUGCCUUUGUAGUAUUUAGAAAUAGUGUAUCCUUCCAGCGUUAUCUAAUUUUUUCAUCAUGUGGUGAAUCCUUUAAAAAUUAAUACACCAGGUAGUGCUGGCAUACACCUUCAAUUCCAGCACUCGGGAGGCGGAGACAGGUGAAUCUCUGUGAGUUCGAGGCCAGCCUGGUCUACAGAGGGACCUCCAGUAUAGCCAGGGCUACACAGAGAAACCCUGUCUCAAAAAAACAAAACAAAAAAAUUAAUUAGCUAAUGCUUUCAAAUCUAUAUUCUUAAAUGUAAAAAAUAUGUUUCAUGCCCCCCCCCAAAAGCCAGAACAAAAAAAUGCUAAUUUUCGUGUCCUUGGAGAUCCCUUCCUCAAGAAAAAAGGUUUUGAUAGUGGUGGAGAAGUCCCCUUUAUGAUGUAUCUCCAUCCUUACAUACAUUCGGAGAUGAUGGUGAAAAUCAUCCUUUCACAUACUGCUUCCUCAACGUAAUACCCCCUCCGGAGUGCAUCUACUAUGUCUCCUGUUACAAUUUACUUAAUCUUUGUUUUAGCCUCUUAAAAUCUUGGCCAUGUUUUAAAUCAUAUGUCAUAUUUUUAUGGGCUUGUUAUUUUUCUAGUAAAAAGUUGAAGUAAGUUUUAACUAUGAAAGAAAAGGCACUCAUCCUUGUACCACUCCACUCAAAAUCAUCUCAGGGCUUUGCAAUGGUGUGUAAUUACUAUACAGGAAAUGUCGCUAGAGCAGUCUGCACUAGUGCCUAAUGUAACAUAAUUACUUUUUCAUAGCUUAUGGGAUUUGGUCAUGUAAAACAGAGCCACUGUAAUUUUGGCAGUGUGAGUUUACAAGCAAUGUAUUGUUUCUUAUUUCUUAGAAUAUUUCAUUGAAAAUAUUGAAACAUUUCAUAGUUACUUAUAGUCUAUUAAAGAUAAUUUGUAAGUGACUGCCUAAGGCCAAAAUAAAAUAUAGGUAAUUGUAACAUAGAACUGGUAAAUAGAAAUUGAUAAUCCAUAUAGGAACAUAAGAUUCUUUAAAGUUUAAGGAUGCCUUUGAACUAUACAUGACCAAAUUAUAAUGGUAGAAAAUCAAAUCAUAUUCUUAUCAUUAACAAGGGAAUAUAAUACAUUUUCUACUUUUUUUUUUUUCGGUUUUUGGAGACAAAGUUUCUCUGUAUUGCUUUGGAGCCUGUCCUGGCACUCACUCUGUAGACCAGGCUGGCCUCAAACUCAUAGAGAUCCACCUGAAUCUGCCUCCCGAGUGCUGGGAUUAAAGUCGUGUGCCACCAAUGCCCAGCUAGGUCAUUUUCUACUUCUAUACUUCAGUAAAUAUCAGACAGGUGUCUUCAUAGCCAUCAUUAAAAAGCUCAGGUGGACAGUUGGGGAUGUAGUUCUGUGGCUGACCACUCACCUAGCCUGUGCAAGGCCCUGCUUCAAUCCCCAGCCACACAAAUACAAAAUUUGGGUGGGUUUGGAUUUUACUGUAAUGGGGCACAGGGUUUGUCCUUCUGUUCCCUUUAAAUGAUUAAGGGGUAACACAUGAAUGAACUGUGGAAACUCAACAUGAGAAAUAUUACUACCCCCAAAUUUAGAUAAUCACUGAGUCGGUUCACUGACACAUGAUUGAAUCUAAAUGUAAGGGGCUGAUUCAGUAUCCUAACUCUCUGUGCCAGUGGUGAUACAAGGGACAAAUGUCAGGGAGAGAGGCUGUAAACCAUGCAAACCUUUAACCAGUAUUGAACCUUCUGACAUGUCUAACAUUAUAAAGUCACCAGUGUGGCCUCUUUGUGUGGAUGGGUGAAACUGUGAUUUGUCUAAUGCAGAAAUUUAAAAAUACCAUUGCAUAUUAAAUAUGGCGACCUGCAGAGCCCAGUCGUGUCUUCUAAAGAGAACUUUUCUGUUUCAUUAAAAUCCAGUGACAGAAUAUUCUAGCACCAGAACAAUUAAUUAGAAAAUUUUGUUCAAGUUGGCAUCUUGAUCAUAGAACUCUCCAUCAUCCCCCCCCACAACAAAAAUAAGUAGUUACCUUUUUUUCUCCUAGAAAAGAUACUAUUAAGAGAUAUACUGCAGAGAGGUGAUGGAUAUACUGUGAUGGGGAUAUAAUAAAUGAAAGAAUAAUUUUUAAAAAUGGCCAGGUGGUGGUGGCACAUGCCUUUAAUCCCAGCACUUAGAGGCAGAAGUAGGCAGAUCUCUGAGUUCAAGUCCAGCCUGGUCUACUAAGCAAGUUCCAGGACAAGAGAAACCCUGUCUUGACAAACAGAAAGGAAAGAAAGAAAGAGAGAAAGGACAGACAGACACAAUCUAGGCCUAGGUAGGUACUCAUCCUAACAUAUAGCAGUAUUUUAUCACCCUGUAAAAUGGGAAAACCUAAAAUCUGUGUCAUUUUACACAUUAUUCUAGCAAUGACAUGCAAAUAAAAUGCUUUUAUCUAUAACCUAGUGCUAAUUGAGAUUCUGAAGUGUACUUUUAUGGUCUAAAGUUGGAGUGUUUUUCUUGUCAUCUAAAAAUGGAAGAAAAUGGUUUGAUUUUGGUAUCUAGAAAUUUCUUAUCAAGUUUUUGUAAUAGAGAAAGAUCACUCAAUUCUACACUUAAAUUUUUGUUUUUAUUUUGAAGUUUUCCAAAGCACAUAUCAGGAAUUUUAUAAUUGUGAGGCUACCAUAAUAACAGUAGUUUCCAGAUUACCUCAGGCAACAGUGCAAAUAAGCAAGGAUGUUUACGGGUUAAUACAACUACUUAAUGUUUUGGCACAGUGAAUUUGAAAGGUAAAAGAGAGAAGUUUUUAGUUAGAAACUGGUUUACAGGGUAUAUUUAGCCCCAAUUCUCCUUGGUUUUUCCAUAUUUAAAAUGAUAAAAUGUGGAUGAUGUGCCAAUUAUGUGAAUGACAUAAAUAUACAUCUAUAUUUAAGAUAUGUUGUUUAAUGCUUAAAAAAUUAGAUGAAGACCACCUAUUUAAGUGGUCAAGAAAGUGAUCAGCUCAGAGUAAUAUAUCAACAGAGCCAAAUUACUGUAUCUAAAAACUUUUAGCUUGCAUGUGUGAUUAAUUAAUAAUUUUAUUCAACUAUUUCAUAAAAUCUCCUGAUGAAACUACACAUUGAAUUUUUGUAGUAUAAAAUAACAUCCUGCCUACUUUCAUGAACUUUAUAUACAAGGUUUAUUUUUCUGCAUGACCUCUGAUCAAAUAAACCCAAGCCAAAUAUGUGCAAUAACAAUCAAGCUAUUAGGUUGCAUCCAUUGCAUUAUUGGAAAAAUGAUUUCUGUAUUAAACUAUUUUUGUUUAUGUAGAAAUCAUCAGUUCAAAUAUGUUUAAAAGGUAGAUGACUAUUUUCAAGUAUGAAUAAUAAAUUCAUGGUAUCAUUCCUAUUCUUAUCCAUUUUUACAGUAUUUAAAAAAUCUAUGUAACUUAUUGAACAUCAUUUUGUCAUUGCUGUAUAUAUAAACAUUAUAAUAAAUAUUAAAUUAUGUUAA